ACGAGAAGGCUUCGGAGGGUGGACAAAUGAGAACUUAUUAUGAGGUAAUUGUGAAAGAGUGGAACUAUGUUGCUCAAACUUGUAGAGACCAAUGUUUACCCACAUCUGCAGAAUCGAAAUCAGGAUCUUUAUCUGAGAAGCGCAAAGAUCGCCUGCAAUUGUGGCAGAUUUUUGCCAAUCCAUAUGAAUGGUGGGAUAACAGGACUAGCAAGGUUAACCCAAGGCAACCUGAUUUUAAGCACAAGGAUACAGGUGAAACACUGUGGCUGUGCUCAGACGAUCCUCCGUGGAUUCAAAGACAACUGGAAUUGCUUGAUUCACGAAUGGGAGGAAAAGGCCUCUAG